AUGACUUCGGGAGGCCUUUCAACAGCUGAGCAGGUAGCCCAGCUGGAUCAGAACUUUGAGUUAAUGAUUGGACCUGAUUUAAGGCUGCCUACAGCAGAACAGAGAACACAAGGUGCUCGUGAAGUGAGGAGCUUCUACUAUGGAGAUGCAACUAUAACUCUGCAGCAGAACAGCACAACAGUUGCUUGCACGAGUGCUCUCCUCUUUGGUGAAGGCAUUGACGUUGUGGUGCAGAGAAUGGCACAGCAUUCAACUCAACCCAUUUAUUAUUACUAUUUCUCUUAUGUUGGACCUCUGACUAGCUAUCCUGGUUUGGAAGGUGCUGGCCACGGUAAUGAAGCCAACUACAUGUUCCAUUGGGGAGGAGGCGAGAAUUUGCAACCAGGGUCUGAAGGAGCUAUUACGAGGAGCAGGUUGAUACAGAUGUGGACAAAUUUUGCUAGAUACGGAAAUCCCACACCAACUGUGGACUCAGUGAUUACUCAAUAUUGGACUCCAUACACCACCGAUGGAAAAGCUUACCUGCAUUUUGAUGUCAAUUUAUCUAUUGAAAGCAACUUGAAGUAUGAUGAAUUUAAUUUCUGGCAUAAUCUCCUGCCAUGACGCUGGACAGUACACAGACUUUAAUAAAAUGCAACCAUCAUUGUAUCAAAUACGUAUUUUACAAAUUGUAAAAGUUAGUCUGUCAUUUUCAGUCAUAGUAGUUUAAUAAUUAAUAAAGUUCUCUACCAAGAUUUA